AUGCUACGGUCGGGGUCCGCGCAGCUCUGGGCAGCCGCAGCGGGCCGCUGGGGCUGCAGGCUGCUAGCAUUGCUGCUGCUGGUGCCGGGGCCCGGCAAAGCCUCUGAGAUCACCUUCGAGCUCCCCGACAACGCCAAGCAGUGCUUCUAUGAGGACAUCAUACUGGGCACAAAAUGCACCCUCGAGUACCAGGUGAUUACUGGAGGUCACUAUGAUGUAGAUUGCCGGUUAGAAGAUCCUGAUGGUAACGUGCUGUACAAGGAGAUGAAGAAACAAUAUGAUAGUUUUACUUUCACAGCCUCCAAAAACGGGGCAUACAAAUUUUGUUUCAGCAAUGAAUUUUCUACUUUCACACAUAAAACUGUGUAUUUUGAUUUUCAAGUUGGAGAGGAUCCACCUUUGUUUCCUAGUGAGAACCGAGUUAGUGCUCUUACUCAGAUGGAAUCUGCCUGUGUUUCAAUUCAUGAAGCUCUGAAAUCUGUCAUCGACUAUCAGACUCAUUUCCGAUUAAGAGAAGCUCAAGGCCGAAGCCGAGCAGAGGAUCUAAAUACAAGAGUAGCCUAUUGGUCAGUGGGAGAAGCUCUUAUUCUUCUGGUGGUUAGCAUAGGGCAGGUGUUUCUUCUGAAAAGCUUUUUCUCAGAUAAAAGAACCACUACAACACGUGUUGGAUCAUAACUACUUCAUAACUACGUUUUGAGAAUUAAUGCACUAUUGCCACUGUAAUAUUGCUGUUCUCUAAUUGAUUUUAGAUGCUGAUGAACUUAACAUUGGCAACAUUUUUAAAAUCUUACUCAUAUAGUUAUUGAGGGGAACAUACAAUGCUUAUCCCCAACUGUGGAAAGGACACAUUUUUUUCUUUUCUCAUUUGUAAAGGUGAAAAAACUUUGGAACUUAUUUUGGGCUAUUCAUGUUAAAAAUUCAACACCAAUGAUCUACUCUUCUUGGUUGUUUAUAUCUACUCUUCACACAGUAAACUUUGGUAUUUUGAUUACUUUUAACCGUUUAAAUGUACUUUUUCUUAUAGGUGGUUAAUAUUUUUAAAACUUUAAGAUUUGCAGUCCAUAAAUAUAUUUUGGAGGAAGAAAAUUGCCCUUUAAUUGUUUAUAGUGAAUAAAGUUUUGUGUUUUAAGAAAACCCAGUGUCACUAGCUAUAGUUAAAACCCUGUUCUGCACUGUUUAAUUUUUUAGGAAAGAAGAAAAAAAAUCCUACCUGGAAAGAUUAGUUAAUAUUG